UUCGGAAUCCUGUGAGAGGGACCUGGCAAAGUUGCUUGCGUGGAAUUUUCAGCUGAGAGAGAAACACACAGUCCAUUGCAUUGUUUAAGGUGAUUUUGUUAUAUUUGACAUUACAAUUGUAAUGAUUAACAGGUCCUAGUGACGGAGCAGAUCAGUCUCUGUAUCCGUGUCUGUGUGUCUGCUGAGUCACUACAAGCUGGAGGGAGCUCUAGACUAGCAGAGCAGACGACAGCAGAGCAGAGCACCAUGACCUACCGUCUGUUUGAGGAGAAACACCAUGCUUCCAUCUACCAGAGGUACCGCUUUGUACCUCCAGAGGAGAUCAGAGACAUCAUCCUGCAUUACCUGGAAAGGAAGGUGAGCCAAGCAAAGAAAGGCCAGCCCCAUGUCCUAGCUGUGGACCUGGGCUGUGGGACGGGGCAGAACUCACGCCUGCUGGCCCCACACUUCCAGGAGGUGGUGGGCAUCGACAUCAGCGAGUGCCAACUGGAGGAGGCCAGGGCAGUGGCAGGUUUCAACAACAUCACCUACAGGAAAGGGACUGCAGAGGAGCUGCCGUUUCCGGAUGGUUCUGUGGACCUGCUGACUGCAGCCUCAGCGGCCCACUGGUUUGACCAGCAAAGGUUCCUCUUGGAGGCAGGCCGGGUCCUGAAGCCUUGCGGCUGCUUGGCUCUGCUGGGCUUUGCUGAUAACAUCAGACUCCAUUACGGCUCAUGUGGGGACAGACUCACUGACAUCUAUGAUGAGUUCAAGAAGGUGCUGUUACCAUACACCAGCACACAGGUAGCAGUGGCCAACACCAAACUACAGGAUCUUUACGCCGCCAUCCCCUUCCCUGACAAAGAGAGUGUGUGGGUAUCUACUUCUUUCAGGAUUGAGUGUAUCCCACUGAAGCAGCAGAUCUCAGUGAGGAACAUAGUGGGCUUCAUAGAGUCCUUCUCCAUGUACCAGGCCUUCCAGAGGGCCGAGCCUGAUGCUGCCACCGCACUGCUGCAGAGAACACACGACAGGUUUCUGAAGGAGAUGGGAGUCACAUCACCAGACACACUCAUGGAAGUGACACUGGAGUAUUUCUGUGUCCUGGCAUCUAAACCGGAGUGAACACUAUAUUACAUUUUUUGGUCAUUUUAGCAGACGCUCUUAUCCAGAGUGACUCACAGUUAGUGAGUGCAUAUAUUUUCAUACUGGCCCCCCGUG